AUGGGCCGGCCAAAAACCCCCAUCAAGUUCGGCAUCUUCGGCCACUCGAGCGGCGGCGGCAGCCACCACGGCGGAGGGCACGACUCGGCGGCGGCGUCGGCGGCCACGUCCCGCGCGAGCUCGGUCCACUCGGGACACCAGCCGAGCGUGUACUCUGCCUUUGCGCACCCGCUGCCGUCGACACCGCCGACGCCGGCGCCAGUGCCAGGGCCGACGCCAGCGCUGAGCGUCAAGACGGCACCGCCGGCGCUGCUGAGCGUCAAAGGCGUGCCGCAGGGGUGGACCGACGACCUGUCCGUCGCGCUGCCGGUGCCCGUCGUCCUCCCCCCAACCCCCGUGCCGGGCCAGUUCCCGCCGUCGGCGCCAAGCGUCGCAGUGUACGCGGGCGGCAAGGCAAAGGGCUCGGCGGUGAACCCCGGCGCUGCGUGGGCCGCGUGGGAGCGCGAGCACCUCGCGGCGGCGAGCCGCAGCGAGGCCGAGUUGGGAGGGGGCGGCAGCAGCAAGCGGCGCGGCGCAUCUGGCACGCUUGCCAGCCUCACCCCCCGUGCGGCCCCCGGCGCAACGAGCAAACAUGUCUCGGACGGCGCGGUCGACCCCGACCGCCGGCACCACGACCACAGCAGCAACCUGUUCGGCAGCCUGAGCCGGCGCGCGUCGCGCAUGGCGAGCCUGCGCGUGCCCCGCAGCACAGCCCUUGGAAGCGAGGCCUUUGGGAGCAACAAGAGCGCGAAAGGACGCGGCAGGCCACACACGACGGGCGGGAGCUCGGGCCACACGUGGUCCUCGUCGGGGGCGUUCGCGUCGGCCGGCUUUGCUGCCCCGUUCGGCAUGCUCUCCACCGCGCCGACGGAGAGCGAGGCGUCGGUCGCGACGAGCGGCACGGAUUUCUCCAACCUCUUCACCAGGGCGCGCGAGGGGUCCACGCGUACCUCGCAGAGCGUGCACCAUUACCGCCCGAGCGACAUCAGCCUCGACUGCGCGACGCCAACGACGACCGAGGCGUUUUCGAGUUGGGAGACCAGCGCGCCCGUGUGCGAAUCGCCGGCUGUGCUCUCCGCCGAGGGGGCCGCCGCGAUGCCCCUGCUCCCCGCGACACAGGAGGGGUGGUACGAGCCCCCGACGCCGCGCGGCGCAGGCGGCGUGCGCCGCAUCUGGCGCGCGGCGGACGGGCGCGAGGUCCGCGCGAUCUACAAGGUGGGGUAUGAGCGCGCCGUGCUGGACCUCGAGGCGCGGCUACAUGAGACGAUGUACGAGGUGGCCAACGGGCGCCACUCUUUCGUCGACGCCGACGAGCCGGGCUUGGUGCUGGAUCUCGGAACAGGCACCGGCCUGUGGCCCAUCUCCGCGGCGCUCCAGUGGCCCGAGACGAACAUUGUCGGCGCGGACAUUGUGCCCGUCCAGAUCGACCUCGACAGCCUUGUGGCGGCAGAGGUGCGCGCAAGAACCAGCAGCGCCGGCACGGCCGCCGGCGCGGGCAUGUGGGCGAGUGUCGCGAGCAGGAUCAAGUUUGAGCAGUAUAAUUUCCUCGACGGCCUGCCGUACCAGUGCAACACGUUCGACAUGGUGCACAUGCGCUUCCUGGGCCUCGGGGUGCCCGAGACGCGGUGGGCCGAGCUGCUCGACGAGGCGAUGCGGAUCGUCGAAAUGUCGUUCGAGGCCCCGCCCACCGCCCCGCCCUCGGUAUCCAACACGUUCUCCUCGCUCCUGCUAAGCGACUACGUGCAGCCCAACCCGCUCUUCGCACUGCAGCUGCACCUGCCGGCGACGCACGGCGUGGCGGCGGGCGCCACGCGGCCAGUGUUCAGCGACACGUUCGCGCCGCCCAGCGGCAACAUGUUUGCGCCGGACAAUGCGCCCGGCGCGCUCGCCGACGCGGCCAUGACGUGGAUCCGCAGCGCGCUAGAGUACAAGGGCACGGCGUUCGUCAAGGCUUCGCGUACGGCCGGGAGCGACGGCGACCGCGCUGGUCGCGUGCUCGCCGAGAUCAACCCCGCCCGCUGGCCGUACACUCCCCCCGAGAGCCCCGCCGAGACGCCCACAGAGGGCACGCGUAUCUCGCUCGCGGCGUGGGUUGUCCAUAAAGAGAUCUAG